AUGCCAUCCAACUUAAAUUAUUGGAUAGAAGGUGAAGGAGAAAACUUAUUUACAAUUUAUGGAAAUUCUUUACUUCUUAAAAAUCCUUUAAAACCUGGACAAUUUGAUAUUAAUUUACGUGCCCGUCUUCAACGUAAAGGGAAAAUUUAUGUUGCUGAACAUAAACUUAGAAUUAUUGUAAUUGAUGAUGAAUUGCCUCAAUUAUAUCCUGUUUUCGAGAAAAUUAGUCAUGAAUUUAAUAUCGACCCAGAAGGCCAUUUCCCUGUUGUUUUCCCACCAUUAAAUGCUUCCUUGGCAGGUGGUGGAAGUGAAAAUAUUCGUUUUAAUCUUUUCCCUGCUCGAAGUAAUGACCCAACAGAUGGAAUUGAAAUACAUCCAAAAACUGGACAAAUAAGAGUUCGCCGUUCAUUUCUUCGCCAUUUCCCUUCCGGAAAGGGUGGAGAAGUUUUUCUUGUUGUUAGAGCUGUUAAUCAAGCAUUAAAUGAUAAACAACAAAAAUAUUUUUCUGAUGCAAGUAUUUCAAUAAUUAUUAAACAAAAAUUAAUUCCACCAUUAAAAUUCGAAUCUACGUUGUAUCGAUAUAUUUUAUCUGAACGUCAACCAUCUGGAAGUAUUUUAGAGAAUGGCCCUCCAAUUAGAAUUCUAGAACCUAAUUUACAUUCAAAUAUUAGAAUUAGACUAGCAACUUCUCCACAAACUGUUUGGGCACUUAAACAUUUUGGAUUAAUGCCUAACGGGUCUUUAAUGUUAAAAGAAGAAGUGGAUAUGGAAAAAAUGUUGGAUAAAAGUCAGGGAUUAAUAAAAAUGGAGGUUGUUGCAGAAGAUAUUUCUGAAGGAAAAGAAGCUAGAGCUAAAGUUGAAAUUCAAGUAAAAAUGAAGAAAAAUAUUUCUUUUGAAAAAAACUUUUUAAUUUUAAAGUUAAUUGACAACAACGAACAUAUUCCUGUAUUUACCCCCCUUUUCCCUAAAUUUUAUUUACAACCAGAAACCCUUUUUGCCGGCCAUCCAAUUGGGAAAUUGUCCGUUAAAGAUGAGGAUUUUACUGAUAGACAGGGAGAUACACUUGCAUUUAGGGCAAUUUCUGAUCAAAAUGCAGCAUUGCCCGGUGUUUAUACUCUUCUUGUUGAAGUUCAGGAUUUUGGUGGUUUAAGUGCUCGUACUACGGCUACUUUUAUUUUAUUAAAUUAUGGAGAGAAAUUUACAUCAACACAACCUGAAAUGGAGAAAGGAAUUUUGGAAGAGAAAGGCACUACAGUCGAGUUUCCACUUCCGCCAGUUGUUUUAGAAGGUGAAGAAGUUAAAGAACAAAACACAAAAAUAAUUGCUAGUUCUGGAGGAGGAAAUAAUUUAGCACCAAUUUUCUCAGUACGUGAUUCUAUUGACUGGGGAAAUAUGAGAAAAAUUGAUAAAAAUAUGUCAGAAAAUCUAAAUUUUGUUUUGGAAGAAAAUAAUUAUAAAGGGCUAUUUCGAAUGGAUAAACAAAGUGGACAAUUAUUUUUGGAAGAAAAUAAAGAUUUGAUUGAUAGACAAAAGGAAGGAGGAGGAAAUGAUGAUAAUGAAUUUGAAUUGAGGGUUAGAGUAGAAAGUCCGAUGGAUGAAGGUGAUAAAGAGAAAAACGGAAAAGAUUCAAAUCCACGUAUUCUUCUUCGUCGUGUUUAUACCGUUCGGCUCGUUCCAAGUAGUGCUGUAGGCAUUCAAUCACUUAAUAAUAAAUCCUCUACAAAUGAAGUUAAUAUUGAAGACAGUACAAUUCCAACAACUGAAAGUUCAUUUACCCAAUUAUUUUCAACAAAUUCUGAUAAUAUUACAACACUUUCUGAUGAAGAAUCUUCAAAAACAACAACCUUUUCAUCAUCUUCAGUUUCCCCUCCAUUCUCAGAAAGUAGUACAGCUGAAGAAAUAACAACAACUAUUAAUCAUGAAUUUUCUACCAAAGAAUUAAUUGAAGAGACAACAACAUUAUUAACAAAUCGAGAAGAAUUAACAACAACAACAACAAAUAAUUUAGAAGAAGAAUUUUCUCCUUCAACAACUUUAAAAGUUCCCUCUGCCCGUCCUUUAGAAUUUUCCCCGACAUUCUCCACAAAAAUACCAACAAAACCUUCAACUUCUCCAUCAAAAACAUUUUCAACAUUUUCCACUCGUCAACAUUCAAAAACAACAGAAAAAAUUAACUUUGCCCUUCCUCGUUAUCAUUGGCUUUUAAAUAAUCCAACAAACAAUGUUUUGAUUGGAAAAUUGGAUGUAAUUGAUUAUUCGAAUAAAGAAGAAAUGAUAAAUAAAUUUGAAAUGAUUAUUGAACCUCCACAAUUUAGGCAAUGGUUUAAAGUAGAUUCUGAGACUGGCAAUCUUUAUUUAAAUGAAGUACCUGAGGGCUUAUAUGGACGUCAAAGAGCAGAAUUUCGCAUAAAUUUAAUCGUUCACAAUUCAAUAAUGGGAGAGACAAGUGUAACUGUUGAUUUAAAUUUACCUUCAAAUGAAAAUAAACAAAAAGAGAAAAAUGUUGAGAAUAAUAAUCAGCCAACAACAACAACUAAAACAACUUUAGAGACAACAAUAGAAAUUUCUGAAAGUUCUGAUCAGGAGGCAACAUCACUAAAUGAACUAGACAAUAUUCACCGUUUUACGGUGAGCGUUUCUCCAAUGCAUUUUGCUAGUACCACAACCCAAGGGGAGAGGGAAGAAGAAAAUGAAGCAACAACCGAAAUUGUUAAAUUUACUAAAAAAUCGAAAGGACAACAAAAUUUAAAGUUUGGAUCCCCUGAAUUUCGAGCAAUGCUUCCUGAAGGGCGUUAUGGCAAUAGUGGAGCACAAUUAACUCUUAGACCAUAUCCCCUUUCUACUGGAAUGCCAAAAGGAAUUCAAUAUUCAAUUAUUGACAAUGAAGAAAUAAAUAAUUCGGGACAAUCACCUUUACCCUUUUUUGUGCAUAGUGAUAGUGGAGAUUUGGUGGCUUUUGCUGAAAUUGAUAGGGAAGAAAAGUCUGUAUAUCGAUUUAAAGUUAAGGCUUUUGACCCCUCAACUAAUCAAAAUGCCGAAACUCUAGUUACUGUCCAAAUACUCGAUGUAAAUGAUAAUUUUCCACACUUUUUGGAGCCUUUAAUUUGGACUAUACCAAUAGCAAGAAAUACUCCAUAUAAUACACAAUUGGCAACUUUCCAAGCUAAAGACAAUGAUGAGGGUUCUCAUGGACGUGUGCAUUUUAAAAUAGAAAAAGAUUCAAGUGGCGGAUUGUUUUAUAUUGAUGGUAGAAGUGGUCAAUUAUUUUUGGCAAAGAAUGUGCCUGCUGAGAAUGUUGAUCCUCGAGAUCAAUUUGAAAUAAUAAUUUCUGCAUUGGAUGGUGGCCGUCCAUCCCUCCGUACAGAACAUCAUAUCAGAAUUGAAGUUUUCCCUGAAGGAAAUGAAUUUGCUGCUCCAGAAUUUCUUCGUCCUGAAUUUAAUGCUGGAAAUAUUAGUGGGGCUGCUGCACAAAAUGGAACUUUUAUUUUUCAAGUAACUGCUGGAACUUCUAAACAAAUUUGUUAUGAAUUGAUUGACCCUCCAAUAGCUAAACUUUUCGUUAUCGACUCGAAUAACGGACAAAUUCGGAUGGGGAGACGCCCCUUAGAUUCUGAACGUGGCCAUCAAUGGUUGUUGAAUAUUAGUGCAUUUGAUUGUCAACAAAAAGAGCAUCAACAUGGACUACAUUGGGCAUUUACAACGGUAAAAGUCCAAUUAGAACAAUUACCAAACGAAAUUAUUCAAACAACAACAACAAUUGGAAUAACUAAAGGAGAAAUAGAUUCAGAAACAAAUAUAAAAGAGAAUUGCCAUUUUUCUCAAAAAGUUUACAAUACUGAAAUAACAGAAAAUACACAAGGAAAACAAAAACUUUUAAAUUUAAAUAUUAUUGGAAAUUGUGAAAAUCAACAAAUUCAUUGUUUAUUAAAUCAAAGCAAUGGUAAAAAUUUAUUUUUUUAUAAUUGA